GCGGAGCUCGAGGAAUGCCGGAAACGAGAGGAAGAGGCGAUGGCGGAGGUGAAGCAGCAGGAGAGCGAACUCAAAGAAAGUGCGAGCCUGGUGCGAACUCUCCGCGGGCAACUCAAGGCGGCGGAGGAGGAGAGGAAGCGUGCAGAGGAGCAAGCGAUGGACGAGACCAGCGCAAGGGAACGGGCGGAGGAGGAGAGGAAAAGAGCAAGAGAAGAAGUGAAGCGAGAGCGCGAAAAGUGGAGCAAAGAGCUGGAGGAUGAGCGAGCUGCCGCAGACAAGAGCCUUGCUGAGCUGCGCGAGACUGUUCGACGACUGCGGCUACAGGGAGCAGGAGCCCGCGAAGAGGAGCUGGAGGAGCUGAAGCGCAAGAUGGAGGAGGAGGAGAAACUUCGACGAUCGGAGCUUGAGAAGGAGCUCGAAGCACUGAGAGCAGAAAAGGAGAAGCUGGAGGUUGUCGCGGCUGAAGCGACGAAGCGCUGGCAGGAGGAAGCGGAGGAGCAGAGAAGAGCGAUGGAAGACAUGCGAAACAGCGAGAAAGAAACGCUUAGGCGACUUGAGAAGGAGGCUGAAGCUGCUCAGGCUGAAGCUGCUCGGCUGGUAGGGGCAGCGAUAGAGGAGGAGGAGCUGAUCUAA